AUGCGCGAAACCUUCGACGCUUCAGGUCAUACCUUUGGAAUCACAUUCACAGCACCCUCGUCCUUCUGGUAUCUGCAGCACUACGAUCUCUUGGGUCUACUCUCUUACGCCGAUUGGGUCAACCUGAUGUCCUACGAUCUUCAUGGUGUAUGGGACGAGAAGGAUGUCUACAUUGGAAGCGUUGUCCAGGCCCAUACAAAUCUCACUGAGAUAGUUCAGUCCGUUCAAUUGUUCCAAAGAGUUGGGGUACCUCUCGAGAAAAUUGUUCUCGGCAUGGGUUUCUAUGGACGUACCUUCCAACUGACUGAUCCCACUUGCACCACACCGGGAUGUCAUUUCUCUGGUCCUGCGCCCGGCGGACGUUAG